GUUUGUUUUUUUUCGUUUGAAUUAUUUUAUUAAUUGAUAAUGGCCACCAUCAAUAAUGAUGAUGUUGAUGAUAAUGAUAAUGAUUUUGCAUAUCAAUUAGAACAAGAAGAAUUUGAAAGACAACAAAAACGACAACAACAAUCUUGUGGUGAAAAUUCGAAUGUUUAUCGUGAUCCAACCGAUGGAACGGAAUAUGAAUGGGAUCCAAUAAAAAAAGCAUGGUUUCCGAAAAUAAAUGAUGAUUUUAUUGCCAAAUAUCAAGCAUCAUAUGGUCAAUUCGAUAAUGAUGAAUCAGAUGCAAAUAUAACAGAAUCAAAGUCAGUCAAUGAAGAAAAAAAAACAACAUCAAUUAUUAAUACACCUACAAAACCGGAAUCUAUUGAUUCUGAACAAACAACAUCCUCAUCAUCAUCAUCAUCAUCGAAAAAAAGACAACGUGAUGAACAACAACAACAACAAACACCACAAUGGUUCGAAGUUGAUGAUCAACAUAAUACAAAUGUCUAUGUUUCAAAUUUACCAUUAGACAUAACGCUAGAUGAAUUUAUUACAUUAAUGAAAAAAUGUGGUCUCAUCAUGAAAGAUGAUAGAGGUCAAUUAAAAAUAAAAUUAUACACUGAUGAACAAGGAAAACCAAAAGGUGAUGGCCGAUGUUGUUAUAUCAAAUUGGAAUCUGUUGAAUUGGCAUUAAACAUUCUGGACGGUUAUCAAUUGCGUGAGAAUCAUUCGAUAAAAGUUGAACGUGCAAAAUUUUCCUUAAAAGGCGAAUAUAAUCCAUCGUUGAAACCGAAAAAAAAGAAAAUGAAUAAACAACAAAAGGAGAAACAACGAAAGAAAAUGGAAAAAUUAUUUGAUUGGCGACCGAAUAAAUUACCCGGAGAACGACAAAAAUGUGAAAAAACCGUUGUAAUCAAGAAUAUGUUUGAUGUGAAAACAUUUGAAAAUGAUCCACGUUUAAUAUUGGAAUAUAAAACGGAUAUACGUGAAGAAUGUGAAGAAAAAUGUGGCCCAGUACGUAAAGUUGAAAUUUAUGAUCAUAAUCCGGAUGGAAUAGCAACGGUUACAUUUCAAGAAUUUGAUUCGGCCGAUAAAUGUGUUGAAUUGAUGAAUGGAAGAUUUUUUGCUGGACGUAAAUUAGACGCACAAUUUUGGGAUGGUAAAACUCGAUAUAAAAUUGAAGAAACUGAUGAAGAAAUUCAAAAACGAAUCAAACAAUGGGAUGAAUUUCUUGAACAGGAUAAUGAUGAUAAACAGCCAAAAUCACAGUGAAUAAUCAAAAUUGUUUUCUUCGAAUCAUCAUCAUUUGUAUAUU